UCAGAUUGGCAGGGAUAAUAUCGCCGAAGAAAAACUAUGGAAGAGAAAUGCUACCACCCGAUCGUGCGUAAUUUGUACCGUCAGUCGUCGAUCGAAACACCUUUGUCGCCUUCUAUUCCGUCGGAGGAUUCGGACUCUGACGACGACGGUCGGGACCCAACGAAAAUCAGCAUCCCUGAACACCAUGGAGAAGCUCCCGUACGGAAGAAAUCAUCGGCUAUGAACGAGCUCCUCAAUCGUUUCGAAAACACUGGACCGAUCAAAAUGUCACCCGGAGGUGCACAGGGGCCGGACGAGACGCCCGAAAUUCUUGGAGCGGAACUUAAGAAGACCAACGACCCCACGAGUGCGACGCAAAAUCGUAGAUCCAUAGCGAAGCCUGAGCCUCCGAUUUCGGUGAACACGAAAAAGGUCGGUCCUCCUCCAGCAAACUCAGAAUCGAAUGCUUUGAAGCAGCAAAUCGCAGCGACGAACGCCAUGCUGAUGAACGAACUGCAAGUGCUGCAACACGAAAGAGCGAGCGAGAGGGAUAAGCCCGCUGUGAAUAUCGUCGACUCGGAUAAAACCGAAAAAGAACAGGAGGGCGAUAUCUACUGCAAAAUGGACAGUAUUCGUCCCGCGAUCAAACCCAAGCCGGAUCUCAUGGAGAAGAAGAAAAACCCGCCGCUCCCGGCGCCGAGGAAAGAUUCCCUGCAAGACAAGUCGGACCCUGCGGGGAGAGGUUCCAUUUUGACGAACGAAUCGCGUAACGCGUCCGACAAAUCUGCUGGCCGAGCCAUAAUUCGCCCAGGAGAGGACGAAGAUGUUGCCAAAGGAGUCGGGGGAGGGAAAAUCGCUCCUGCGAGUGGAGGGAAGAAGAAUCCUGGAACAGCAGGAAUGCCAGGAUCCGUUAGCACCGUGAGAGCACUUCCAGUAAUGGCGUCACCACGACCAAAAUCCCCUCGCCCAGUGCCAGUGUCAGCUAAGAAAGAUGAGAAGGAAGAAAGUUUUUGGGAGAAAAUCGGUACCCUUGGUCGUAAAAAGAGAAUAAAGGAAGUGCAAGAGGUACAAGAAGAGGGUAAAAAUGCAAUCGACUCACCUGGGUUGGCUGCGAACCCAGAUAUGCCACCGGAAGAAUAUACCCUGGACGAAAACGAGGAGAGAUCCAUGACUGAGCCAAGAUCACUGGAGGAUCCUAAAUUGCACGAGUUAAUCGACGUCCUCAUCGAAUGGAUCAACGACGAACUCGCAGAUCAACGUAUCAUUGUAAAGGAUAUAGCGGAGGAUUUGUACGACGGUCAAGUUCUCCAGAAACUUUUAGAGAGAUUAACAGGAGAGAAGUUGGACGUACCGGAAGUAACCCAAUCGGAGGAAGGUCAGAAGCAAAAACUUGCUGUGGUUUUAUCAGCGGCUAAUCGGGUGCUGGAUCGUUAUCCACCUUACAAGUGGAGCGUGGACUCCGUACAUUCGAAGAACAUCGUUUCCAUUUUACAUCUCCUGGUCGGGUUAGCCAGGCAGUUUCGUGCACCGGUCAGACUCCCCGAAAGGGUUGCGGUCCAGGUGGUAGUUGUACGAAAAAAGGAUGGUCAACUGAUCCCCAGGACUGUGCGAGAAGAAAUCACCUCGACUUACGAAGAUUUGGGAAUGCGGUGCGAGCGCGAUGCCUUUGACACUUUGUUCGAUCAUGCACCUGAAAAACUUGCAGUUGUCAAAAAGUCGUUGGUUACGUUUGUAAAUAAGCACUUGAGCAAAGUGCAUCUGGAAGUAACGGAGUUGGAUACACAAUUUCACGACGGAGUAUUUCUCACCUUGCUCCUUGGUCUUCUGGAGGGAUUCUUCGUUCCUCUAGGCAGCUUCCAUCUGACCCCAAAAACCCACGACCAAAAGGUGCACAACGUGUCAUUCGCAUUCGAUCUUAUGCAAGAAAUUGGUUUACCAAAACCCAAAGCCAGGCCCGAAGACAUCGUCAACUUAGAUCUGAAGUCCACCCUUCGUGUUCUCUACAAUCUCUUUACAAAGUACAAGGGAAUCAAUUGAAAUUGAAUAUUUAUUUAAAAAAACUUGUGUGCUAUAUCUUUCGUUUUUUUUCUAUUGCAGUUACUAUUUAACUAGUUUUAUGUAAUGUAAAUUUAUGCUUCCUAAUUAAUUUAACUGAUCAAAGAAGCUGCCGCCCGUUGCUUAGGUAUUUAGAAAUUUUCUAACAAAGUUUUUAUAUCAGCACAAGAAGAAAUCUAGUAAACUAUAUUGUAACUAUAAAAUUUGUAAUCAUUGUUUUUUACAUGUAUGCGUAUAAUGGAGUCCUUGCCGAAUAAUUUAAUCGUGAUUAUACGAGUGCCUUUUUGCUGAAAUCACGACUAACAAUCACAGUGUCUUUUUAAUCUUUAAGACUUUUAGAUAAUACCUUUAUAAAUGAUAUAUAUAUAUAUAUAUAUACGACGAUCGUUUAGUUUUACAUUAAAAUGUGGAAUAAAAGUGAUCUCGAAACGUUA